UUUUAGAAUAGAGAAGAGAAUGAUGAUGUAGAGUGUAGGAUACGACUGCCUUCGGCCCCAACCUUAUAAGUCACCCGGCGACUCUGAGACUUCCAGACCCUUCCCACUCUUUCAGGUAUCCGCUAAUUCCUGCUUCCUACCUAAUCAAUUUAAAUUCUGCCGCUGUUACUCGCCGCCGACGAAGAUGCCUUCCGGUGAAAUACGCUACCAACCUCCAUCCCCACCCCGCACUUCAUCUAUGGAUUCAUGCGAAGACGAAGGAUGGGUUUGGGCCCAGAUUAAAGCCGAGGCUCGCCGGGACGCCGAUGCUGAACCUGCACUCGCCAGCUAUGUCUAUUCUACCAUCCUCUCUCACUCCUCUCUCGCUCGCUCCAUCUCCUUCCACCUCGGCAAUAAGCUCUGCUCCUCCACCCUCCUCUCUACCCUACUCUAUGAUCUCUUCCUAAGCUUCUUCUCCACCGAACCCUCUCUCCGUUCCGCCACCGUGGCGGAUCUCCGUGCCGCCCGAAUGCGUGACCCGGCCUGUACAUCCUUCUCUCACUGCCUCCUGAAUUACAAGGGCUUCCUGGCCUGCCAAGCCCAACGCGUCGCUCACAAGCUAUGGAACCAAUCCCGUCGCCCGCUGGCUCUCGCCCUCCAGUCCCGUAUCGCCGACGUCUUCGCCAUAGACAUUCACCCGGCUGCCAAGAUCGGUAAGGGCGUUCUGUUCGAUCACGCCACGGGGUUGGUUGUGGGGGAGACGGCUGUGAUCGGAAACAACGUUUCGAUUCUCCACCACGUGACGCUGGGUGGAACCGGAAAGGAGAGUGGCGACAGGCAUCCGAAGAUCGGUGAUGGGGUGUUGAUCGGGGCGGGGGCGACGAUUCUGGGAAACAUAAAGAUCGGGGAGGGAGCGAAAAUCGGAGCGGGAUCGCUGGUUUUGAAGGAUGUGCCGCCGAGGACUACCGCAGUGGGGAACCCGGCGAGGCUUGUAGGAGGGAAGGACCAGCCCGCGAAGCACGAAGAUAUUCCGGGUGAAUCCAUGGAUCAUACGUCGUUCAUCUCGGAGUGGUCAGAUUAUAUAAUUUGAUUGAUUUUGAGGCUAUACUUAUUUUCUAUUCUAUCUUUUGAUAACAAUCUCUGCUCGUCUGGUCUGGCAUUGCUGGGUAAGUAUCAUAAGAUCGGUAGUAUUGUAUAAUAAUAAGAAAAAGAUGGCAAAUGGCAAAUGGCAAAUGGCAAUUGGCAAUUGGCAUUGGCAAUGGCAUGCUGCUGCUAAUACUGUUGUGAUUUGUGAUUGUGAGUCGUAAAGUGGUUCUUGCGUUUUUGGAUACUUUCAGCUUAAAUCCAAAGUGUUUUCACUUUUCA